GAUCAUGCAAGAUCCUGAUCGGCAGCGCCAUGCGGCAGAAUAAUGCAUGUUUGCUGUAUGGCGACGCAAAACCAGGCAAAACAAGCGAGCAAAUAGCAAAGCUGCAUGGGACUGUCAAACAGAGCUUGCUGCAGCAUUCAUGCGACGUCUGCUGCAAUUAUGUUCUUCGUACUUCGCAAGCUUCCUGCACGUACGCGCAGGAUGCUUAUACCCUAUAUAUUACAUACAAUAAUAGCGGGAACCGGGGAACUUGGGCUUCCCAGUAAAACGUGUAAAUAUAUAGUCGACGAUAUUUUAUCAGCCGUAAGACAUACACGUGCUGGAAGGGAAACAAAAAUAAAUGCAUUACCUCAUUUCACAGCAUAAGUGUUUCAAAUUAUCUUUCAAAAUUAAUGCACAUAUGGACAACUGCAUGUCGUGUCCAAAUGUUGUCAUAUAAUACAAUAUUACCUAUAUUAGUUCACUUUGUAAGCUAAAUUUUUGGCCAUUGCUAUUACUUUUACGUACGAAAGUGAUAUUUCGGCUAAUUUAAAGUCACGUAAUUCUCAGAGAUUUGUAUUUGUUGCCUCUACUAUAACUAUAUGCAAUAUUAGUAAUAAUUUCUGUAGCUUGUCUAUAUACAUGCCUGAAUCAUGAUUAGGCUGAAACUAAACCCCCUUAGUCAACUCACAAAGGCAACGGUGUAAUUGUUUGAAUGACUGUAGAAUGGCGAGGCAUGCCGAUGCUAAUCCUUAUUUACGUUGCAACAUCGUCAAUAAUGAUAGUUCUGAGGAAAUAUCUUUGAAUAAUGGAAACGUUGUAGCAUCUAUUUUACCAAAUGAUAGUUCUCCUUACGAACCGCAAAGUUCAGUUACGUGGAAUAACUUAGCUCACGAGGCGAAAGAUAAUUCUUCCGAAUAUGGGUGUUCAAAUUCAGAUGCUAUCUGUGAAGAUGAUAGUAACAGUCAGUCUAUGGGUGAAGAAGGCAGUACUCGAUUAAAAAAUUACUUUCGAACACAGUUAGCUGAUUGUUUUAUUGAGAAUAACAUCGACAAUGUUCAGGCGAACUCAAUACUUACAGUUCUCAGAUCACAUUGCUGUUUGGCUUCUCGUCCAGAAGAUGUAAGAAUAUUGAUUGGGACUUGCAAUCGUCGCGUUGAAUUGAUUGAUGUUGAACCCGGAAAAUAUUGGCAUGGUAAGCCGAAAGAUCCGAACAAUUUCUUUAAAAUGUUCAUAAAUGAAAUCCAAGAGAUGCUUCAUAGCUGA